AGGAACGUGAGAGGUUGAGUUGGUGAGAUUGAUGGUUGGAGCUACUAUGCAACAGCAGUAGUAACAUUGACAACGUUGACAUGUAUCAGUUUUCAAUAUACUGCGAAUCAUGGACAUGGUCAAGUUUCAGAACAAGACCCUCCGGCCCUCUCUUCGACGAUGCCCAUCCUUCUACAGAAAAAGAGAAGGUCACGGCCGUCUUCGAGACCGGCAAGACGCAUCUGCUACCUACCCCAAGGCACCCAAGGCUUACCCCAACGCAUGAACGCACGGAUGAUAUGACACUGAACCUGACCAAGCCACGACGCGCCAGACGUCGAGGGGGGAUUGAGACAACCGCGAGGGUGAGUCCGAUCAUCCACCCGUCCGUCCUCCUUCAUCGUCCCUCACCACACCACCAUCGUGACGCGCCUGUGCAGCGUCUGUGGAGGGGAGGUCAUUUUUUGAAGACGCACAUUGGGGGCCUCGGGCAAGUGACGGAUGGAGACUGACACGGUCACGCUUGACCUUGACCAACCACCGACGAUAACACCGUGAUCCAAUCGUGAUGGCAGCAGGACAGCACGGCAAACAAGGCUCUCAAUCGUUAUCGACACCACCAAAAAGCCCACAAAUUCAAUCAUUCAAUCAUUCAACAACCCAACUUUCUCCCACCAAAUCGUCAAUGAUCUGCCUGGCCUACGACUGCCGUAUAUUCCUUCGUCGGCGUCACCAUGACCAGGGGAAGGAAGGCUACGUUUUUGGACGGCAAGGAAUGUGAAGAGACGCGCCUGGUCACCUGGGGAGUGUAGGACCCGAAAAAACAAAAAAAGAAUCAUACACACACACACACACAC